AUGAUAAUGAAUAGGCGCUAUAUAAAAGGUUACUGUUAUGUAUAAUAUACAUCAUUUUAAAUUGUUUUAGGAGGGGUUGAAAUAAUUAGUAUUAUAAUAUUAAAUCUUUCAUGUAUAUAUACAAGCCAAUAAAGCGGACAUUAAAUAUUUUCAAAAUAAACUACUCCAAAUCGAAAGGUUAGACCUCUCUUAUCAUGUAUCAAAAAAUGAAUCUCGAAAUAGAGUAUUUAUCGGAGGAACAUUUGACUGGCUUUGAAAAUUAUAAAUAUAGCUCAUUGGAUACAAGUCCACUCAGUGUAUAUGUUAUGCAUCCAUUUUGGAACAAAGUCGUAGAGUAUUGUCCAAAAUGGGUAGCACCAAACGUAUUAACGUUUUCCGGAUUUCUUUUUACCGUAUUAAACUUUGUGGUAUUUGCAUCAUUUGAUUAUUAUUUUUAUGCAUCGAGUGACGAUCAUUCUCAAUAUUCACCUAUACCUUGUUGGGUGUUUGCAAUAGCCGCAUUUAAUAUCUUUAUGGCAUACACGCUUGAUGGUAUUGAUGGAAAACAAGCAAGACGUACACAAACCUCUGGGCCUUUGGGUGAAUUAUUUGAUCAUGGUUUGGACAGUUGGACGGCAAUGUUAAUCACUGUUUGUAUGUACUCAGUUUUUGGAAGGACAGAUCAUAGUGUUUCCCCGUUACGAAUGUAUUUCAUACUUUGGAAUGUAUUUGUUAAUUUUUAUUUAAGUCACUGGGAGAAAUACAAUACGGGUGUGCUAUUCCUUCCUUGGGGAUAUGACGCAUCUAUGUUGGCAACUGUCUUGGUAUUUAUCCUGACCAGCAUAGGAGGUCACGAAGCAUGGAAAUUUUACUUGCCAGGAGGAAUAUCAGCGGGAAUAAUGUUUGAAAUGUUAUUAUAUGUCAGUGCUCUUGUAUCGAAUUUACCAGUUGUAUUGUGGAAUAUAUACAAGUCGUACAGAGAUAAGACAGGAAAAAUGCGAACAUUUCCAGAAGCAAUAAGACCAUUGGUGCCUUUGGUAUUGUUAUUUAUGAUUUCUACACUUUGGAUAUUGUUCUCCCAACAAGAUAUAUUGGAAAAGGAUCCUCGUAUAAUAUAUUUUGCCAUUGGCACUAUUUUUUCUAAUAUAUGUUGCCGCUUAAUUGUCUCUCAAAUGAGCAAUACUAGAUGUGAAAUAUUACCAUGGAUAUUGUUACCGGUAACAGUAGCAGCUAUUCUUUCAUUUGUCUUGCCUGAAAUGAAUCUGAAAUCUAUGUACUUCGUAGCAAUUUUUUCCUUACUUGCCCACAUUCACUAUGGUACCUGUGUGGUGCGCCAAAUGUGCCGUCAUUUUCGUAUUCAAACAUUCCAUAUAAAAAACCAUUCUGAUUGACUACUCGUGGAUGAUAUCUAUUAAAAAUGAAGAGAGCAACAGGGAAGGACAAGAGGCAAUAAAUGGAAAUAAACAAAUAAAAAGGAAAAUAAGAUAUUCGGAAACGGAACGUUAGUAAAAACAACCUACGAAAAUCAUAGAUCAAAUAAUAACUCACUUGUAUAGGAAACCAAAGUAAAUUAAGUCUAAUAUUAUUACUACUAUGUAACUAGUUUAAAUUUUAAGCAUACACGCAUACACAUACACACACACACACACACAUACACAUACACGAUACUCCUUUACUUUAAACCUGACAAAUGAUGUCAUAUUUAUUUCAAAUAUGUCAUCGAUUCCUUGAAGUAAUGGAGAUUACAAACAAAUUGCCUUUAAUUUAUUGAUGAUUUAUUUCAUACGUCGUUAUUUAAUUAAACUAUAGUUUUUAACUGAACUUUAUCUAUACGUGAGAAUAUAUUAUAUUCAUUUGUACAUUUGUUCAUUUUAGUACACGCAUGCAUUAAAUGUGCUUUUUGGUCUUUUAUACAUAUUAUUCCUUGUAUGUUUUGUAUCAAUAGCUAUCAACAUACUUUCUUAUGCAUAUAUUUUGGAAAAGACGUUUAAGAAUACGUUUAAGACACAUGUUAAAAAAUAAUCAUAUUUGGUUAUUGUAAUAGUACUGAAAAUCUGAAUAGCAAAAUAAACACGAUUAAUUUAUUCAAUAAAAUAAUCCAGACGGAUGUCGUUAAAAUAAUUAAAACAUUAGUUAAAGGAUUACUUUAGAAACAAAAUUUCAAUAUUUCUUUACAUACAAGGAAAAAUAACAAAAUAAAAACAAAUAAAA